AUGCCGACCCCUGCGACGCCGACUCGCCCCUCCAACCGUGGAGGGAGUGCUAAAUCGACUCCAAGCAAACCACUCGAUAUUGGACAGCCGCUGGGAAUCCAUGACACAAACACCGUUCGCUCACGAGUGCGCCAAUGGCAGCAACAGGGCGGAGGCGUAAUCACAAUCAACGAUGGGACUUAUGACGAUGACGAGGAAGAGAACCGACCGAAACCAAAGCCUAAGGUGACGAAGUUGAACGUGGAGCGGUUGGAGAAAUCCGACAAGGAGAAGGAGAAGGAGAAGGAGAAGGAGAAGGAGAAGGAGAAGGAGAAGGUCCCGCCCGUCCGAAAACGCAGUCACAGCACCCCCCGAAAGCGAGUCAUCAGUGAUGAGCACUGGAGAAAGAAUCGAUCCACGACGCAAACGCCUUCACGCAACUUGCCCGUCCCGAGGCGCAUCAACGAGUACACGACCAACAGAGACUCUGGGUCACCACGAGCCAAGAAAGAUACCAAGAAGGAUGCCCUAGACAAGAGUCGAGAACCUCCAAAGCUUAAAGCCUAUCGCAUCGUGGAUGCCUCUAAAUCGCCAACCCGAGACCUGAAGCGGUCGUCUGUCCAGAAGGAUGCCGAAUCCGUUGCCGAUAGCGACUUGGAGACCGACCUGCCUCCCCAGUCUACGAUACCGUCAGAAUUAGCGGAAAGCCAGAGAAGAAGCUCGCCGCCACCCGAAGAUGUGGAGUGGGCAAAAAGCGAGGCUGACUUCACGGAGCUAUCCCGGAGACGCGCUCGUGGCCCUCAAAAACCGCCAAAGGGUGGUAUCUUCGCCCACAUGCUGGACGAGUCGAGGAAGAUGUUCAAGUUACCAGAGCCCGAACCACCAAGGCCAACUCCACCUCCACCUGGAACUCGUGGAGCGAAGAUUGAAGCAUGGCUAUCUGAAACUCCGGAUCCCUUCGUGGACAAUGGCGAUUCGAAGACUGAUAUGCCCGGUCCGUUGGAUAUCAAAUCAGCCCGCGCGAGACGGUCCCAGCGCAUGGUGGACGAGAUUGCGGCAAGCAAUCCUAUGUCAGAGCUGUCUAUCUCCGAGCUGUCUCAAAAAAGCGAAACUCAUCUAAAGAGUAGCGGCUCUCGACCAAAGAGCUCACAUAGUCGAACUUCUAAGGAGCAGGACGACGCUUCAUCCUCAGAAAAGACUCGCAAGGAUCAAGUGUUUGACAUGGAUAAGGCCGAGAAGCCACUCGCCCUGAGAAUCCGCCAUGAUAAGGAGAAGUUUGGUGACCAACCAUAUGAGGAUAGUCUGGCACCUUCCGAGUCAGACUUCCAGCCAUUUUCGGACGGCGGCUCUGAAGUCUCUGGAAACAACGCGCCCGUUCCAGUUGGUCUCAAGAAGCCUUUCCCAAGCACUGGCUACCAUCGACUGUCGACCAUUGCAUCGGUGGAAACUCUGAGCACCCUCCCCGAAGGUUCGACUAUCUCCGAGAAACCUGUGGCCAAGCGGUCGACACCUGAAACUCUGGAAGAGGCCGAGGAAGCGGCUGAAGAGAAAGAUCAAUUUGACCCUGAUUCCUUGCCAGUGGUCGCGUCGCAACUUCAACGGCGUCUUACUACCCACAAGGACCUCAUGUCUGUACUAUCGGGUCCUGUCUCGAGGAGUGGCAGUACUCGGUCCCGAAGAAGCAUCCGCUCUAACAAAAGUCGACUGGCUAAUGCGACCAUCCCCGAUCUCUUGGCUGAGCUCACCGCUGAUGAAGCCAAGUAUAUGCGUGAGCUUAAGACGCUCGUUGGGGGAGUCAUCCCCGUCUUGCUCACGUGUGUCCUUUCGCGAUCCGACUCGGCUAUUGCUGCGGGCUUGUUCCGGCCCUCGAUGGAUCCAAAGGAUGACCUCAACUUCUCGAAGCCUAUUGUCAAUAUGGGUGUCGCUAUUGAGCGUCUGAAGACCCUACAUAAACGAAUUCCUCAAGAUGAUGCUGAAGCAUUACUCACGUGGGCGCAGGGUGCUCAAAGAGUGUACCGCGAAUACCUAAAGGCAUGGAGGCUCGGCUUCAAGGAUGUCAUUGUGAACCUGGCCCCAUUAGAGGAGGGUGAGGAUACCGGAAAUGCCGAGACGAAGAGCUUGGACGAAGGAAUGGAGCGAGACGAACAGGGCGAUGUCAUUGGCUCCAAUGGCGAGAAGGUCGAUGUGGCCUAUCUACUGAAGCGGCCUCUAGUCCGAUUGAAAUAUCUUGCUAAGAGUUUCAAGGGGAUAAAUCACCUGCAGCCAUCUGCCAAGGCCGAGGAGAUCUCUACGGCGUAUGCUUCCUUGGUGGCGGACGCCCGUAGGCGAGCACGGGACGAAAGAGCAAGACUCGAGGAUGAAUCCGCUGCUAGCAUCGAUCCUACUCGAGCCAGAGAUCCAAUGACGUUGGGGCUUUCCAGCAAUGUUGUGGUCGAUCAGACUCGUCGCGUGCGGGCCCGCGACUUUUUCAAUCUCUCUUUUUACCACUCUAGUGGCCAGUUGGUUGACUGCCGAGCCGAACUCCUUUACCGAGACAAUACAUCAAGCAAUGGCCCCGGCGGCGAUUUGCUGAUUUGUGAGAUUGAUCACUCAGACCGGUGGUUGCUUUUCCCGCCAAUGGAUCUCCGGUGCGUCUCGGCCCGCAACGGCGACAGCAAGGGUGAGAUCGUGGUUAUGCUACGCAGUGCUCCUGGAGAGCAUAAGUAUUGGCAGGAGCUUAUUUCGCUUCGCAUUGAUGAAGUCGAGAUUGGUCUUGAAUGGGUGCAAUUGCUGGGCCAGGAUCCCGUUCCCCCAGCACUUUGCAGAAGCCAGAGUUUUAUCAGUCGAGCCAAGCAGCACAAGGCUCGUAAGCCCAGUACCAGUGACUCUCCACCAAGGGUCAACCCGAGCGAUGUGGACAUUCCUAUUGGGGAGAAAGCUACCAAACGACGCUCUCUUACUCCCAAAGAGCACUAUUCCGAGCCUAGUACUGUCAGUUCCUCUGCCACUGAAAACAGGAGCUCUAUCGUCUCAACUGCUACUCGAGAGACGGAAUAUACCACUGGCGGUUCUGAAGUCUCUAGCAAACAAGCUGUUCGUCCUGGCCUGCCUCUUUUGCCUUCCACGGUCAGCCCUGAGAAGUCACCUGGUGGACUGAAGCGGUCCAAGGCAAAGAGACAUUCUCGUCAUGCGGAUAGCCCGGCCCCGGAGACUGAAUCUCCCCAGACUGUUGUCUCAGACCAGCCAGUCGAGACUCCGACAUCCACACCCGCAGCUGGGAGAUUCUAUGGUGGUGGCGACAGUGCUAAGGAGUCAGCCGUCCCGAAGGAGAAGACUUCUAAGAAGGCACCCCAAACGCCGCGCCAGAAGGAGUCUCCAGAGAGGGAUUCCCCCUCGAGUAUCCUCAACACCAUCUCCCUAUCUGCCUAUGAUUCCAAAGAUUCGCAUCAGACCCACAUGUCUUCUCCAUCCACCGUUGAGCCCGAACAAGAGGAAGACUACCCACCACUGGAGUCUCUACCUGACCAAGGACCCCUAGAGACUCCUACCAAAUCUAGCAGGAGGAAAUCUAGACGAAAGUCCAAGCAUGAAAAUGCUCCUCCCCCACCGCCUCCCCAUCGUUCGCCGAGCUCUUCCUCGAACAAGCUUUCCAAUAGCCCUGUGCUUACCCCUUCGGGUGUUCGACUCAAGCGCCGUGGCUCCUCGCCGCUGAAGCAUGAAUACGAGCCGUCGACUGCCUCAGACUACUCCGAAACCGACUCUGAUGCAUCGACUGUGCGACAUUACACCUACUCCUCGUCUGAAUACUCGGGCUCUGUAACGGACUCGGACUCUUAUUCCUCGGCAUCGGAUGAGGACGAAGAUGUGCCUGAUCUCCCCAAGCCAAAAGCAAUUCACUCUAGUACAUCUGACGCGAGCUCCCUGUCUCCUUCCAACUCUGCAUCGCAAGGUGGAUACCGCACUGUGCCAUUGCAACCAACCAAGUCGACCAAGGCGAUUGCAUCGAUCUUUGCUUGGUCUGACAAGGGUAGCUGGGAUAGCUUAGUUCCCGAUGAGUGCACUAUCAUCGUCAGCCCUGGUCUGAUUGAGGCUUUCAAGGUGGGAACUGACCCGAAUUCAUCUUCGAGACCUCUCAUCUCCAUGGAACUCACACCACUGGUUCCAAUUCGCCGAGGUACCGCGAUCGACAUUAGCAUCCGCUCACCUCCCACCGACCGAUCCAAGAUUACAUCGAGCAACAAUAUUAUGUUCCGCUCUCGCAGCCCUGAUGAUUGUGACGCCCUCUACAGCCUGAUCAAUCAAGCUCGAAUCAACAACCCUACCUACAUCGCCCUUCAAAAUGCCCGCGGCCCUGUUUAUGACAACCACAUGCCCACAUUUGAGCAGCCCGAUAGCAAAGAAGGAAACCGCUGGUUCGGGUUCCCUCGUCGCAGAAAGAGCUACCGCGCUUCCGAUUCCCCGCGCUCUCUUGCCGAGGGCUCUGAGAGUAGUGUCGGUACAAUGAGCAGCGCCUUCUCUGCGCUGAAGCGCUUUGGCGGCGGCAGUAAGAUGUUUAAUAUUUCUCGUUCGACUGUGACAUCUCGUAGCGGCCGCGAAGGUAGCAUGUACUCCGGCUCGGGGGGCUCUUCCGACCCCUCUCCAUCAUCAGGCAUUGGCCGGAUUGCCGCUGCAAUCAAGGGUGCCGACGGGAUCGGUCUUUCAAAUGCCAAGAUCCGUCUCUACCUUCGUGAGUCUGCCUCCAAGUGGCGCGACAUGGGUGCUGCCCGUUUGACAAUUAUGCCUGCACCACCAAAGAAUCCACCUUCCCGUCCAGGAACCGCUGUUAGUGCUCGUAGCGAAGGCAGCCGGGACGAUAGCACUUCACCCCCCAGUUCAGGCGCAGCUACACCACGCCGUGACGUGGAGCCCGAAAAACGCAUUAUCAUCCGUGGCAAGACCCGCGGCGAAGUCUUGCUGGAUGUGUGUCUACCUGAAAGUUCAUUCGAGCGUGUUGCUCGCACGGGUAUCGCUGUCUCUGUGCAUGAGGAGAACGAAGGUGGCACCAUCGCCAAACAAGGUGGUGUGGGCACGAGUACCCAGCGCAUCUACAUGAUCCAGUUGAAGUCCGAAGCCGAGGCGGCUUAUACCUUUGGCCUCGUGGGCAAACUGCGGUAUUAG